GAUAGGCAGCCGCUUGUCAGCAGUUUUUGAGUAUUAGUGUUUUAGUGAAAUAUCACGGUCAUUUUCAUAGUUUCAAUGUUCAGUAGUUUUUCUAAUGAGGGGCUCUCUUCGCGGUGUACUGACGCGCCCAUUAAGCCCCUGUAGACGUCAUUAGCACAACCCGUUUUCCUAACGGUUGGUUGCGACAUCACCCUAGAAACUUCACUUGAACUAGAGCGGAGCUAGGUAUUUGUCUUGUUCAGAUUUCGAUUUAGUGUCCAGUCUUUACGGGGCUCAAGUUGAUCAAACGGCUGACCAUACAACGAUGUGGAUGGAGAGACGGUGGAUUGUGGCCUGACAGAAGCCAUGGUUGGAUACCUCUUCGAUGGUUCGUUCAAAAAGCAACUUAAAUUUCAACAGUUUGUGCGACAGUACAAGGAAGGUGAGGUCGUUGUUACACUAGAACCAGUACCGGUGGAAGUCUACUGUCAGUCUACAGCACAGCCCCAGCCUCUGCCUUCCAUUGAUCCAAGUGGAGAAGCAACUCGCAAGAAAAUACCUCUUGUGACUGUCAUUCCAACCUUUCCAAAAGAUGUCCAAAUUAAACUGGAUGCUAAAGAACCAUGUCACAAAGUUCCAAAACUACGCAACAAAAUUAUCAGAGUGUUGUACGAAAUGAUGGCAGAACACACCCUGUAUCCAACCAAUGCAGAGUACAUUCAAGUUGCCAAGGCUUUGAUCCUUAAAUACCCUUUCCUGAGAGAUAUGGAGGGGAAUGGCUAUCACACUUGGCACAUGUCUCUAAAGCGAAAAUUUAAAGCAGAACGUGCACCACUUGUUAGUGACAGUGAAGUCAGAAAGCUGAAGGAGAAGUUUGGCCACAAAAAUCAGUUUAAAGCUACCAAUGCAUCAGCAAGUGUGUGUCGUAAGCCAGCUAAUCUGACAUUUCCAAAGGAAAUUUAUGCUGGUGAAGAUUCAACAACUGUUGAGGCCCAUGUGAGCGUGCUACAAAGUGAGUAUCGGAAGAUGCAUCCAGACAUGUCCACAGUCAAAGAUCGCAUGGCACGGACAUUCUGUCGGAGACGACGUGAAAUUGUGGAAGGAAUGCCAGUGGAGGAUGUAAUCAACAAAUACCCUUUUUUAAGGACACCGCCUGGAUUUUUUGAUGAAGUUGACAGAAUUCACCCUUCAACAAAUGGCUUCUAUCAUCGCUUCAAGGAGGGCUUUGCCAGUGUUUUGCCAAAUGUGCUUAAGAUUGCACAGGGAAGAUCUUCACUGGCAAAGCAGUACACUGAUGCAAGACAGGAUUCCCUGGCUGAAGAUCUACCAGGAAUAGACCUGAGGGCUGGGCUCAUCCUGUUGCCGUCCGUCUUCCGAGAAAAGACUGAACACUACAUCACUUUAGGAGAGGGAGACCCUGCUACACCCUAUCCAACCAUUCAAGUGAAGGAUCGUGACUGGAAAAUGGCAAUUACUGGUACAGGAUCAUGUGUGGUGAAAGUUGAUGGAGUCGAAGUGUGUCAGUGCGUACACCUUGAUGAAGCCUUCGCAACAGCUUUCAGUAUGUAUUUUGUUUUCAACAUCGCAUACCCAACACACUUGAAAAACACUCUGACUUUUCUUCAGCGACGCAUUGUCAGUAUUGUGGAAAAUGGAGACAAGCCCCUGCCAAUAACUGUACUGAGAAUGAUUAACCUUUUGUGCUAGAUCAUAAUGCCUCAACUGCACCAGUGCCCAAAGUGCACUCGAAGGACAUUUACUCUAGUGAAGUUAAUUCAGCAUGUUGGCCUUGUUCAUGCACAUGAACCAAAUUUUAGCAUCACCUGUGGUGUAGGUGAUUGCCAGUCAGCUUUUUCCCAGUUCCAUUCUUUUAGAAAACAUGUGUACAGGAAGCACAGAUGCUGUGUCUUCCGGUCUUCUGAGUCUAACAAUGAUGGUCCGAGUGAUGAGUCCACAGUAGGGCAACAGCCAUUGUACCUGGAUGAACAAGAUUCUGAGACUGAUCUGUGUGCUUCUGAUCCACAAACAGUUGAACCAAAUUUAGAUAAACUACUGGGGGACUUCAGAGAUAAUCUGUUUGGAUUCAUUCUUAAAUGCAGAGAGAAAAAUCUUUUACAUUUGUCAGUUCAACAAGAGAUUACAGAUGAUGUCAAAUUUCUCUUUUGCUUUUUCAAAGAAAACUAUGAUUUGUUUAUCUCUCAUCAUCUUGAAAAGAGUGGUUUUGAUAUUUCAAAGUGCCCUGAACUUCAGCAGGUUUUACACUCGCCUGAUUUCUUUGAUAAAGUUUGUGAAGUGGUUCGUUCCCCACACAUGAUUAAAGAACACUGCAAGGCCAAAAUGGACUAUACAGAACCUGUACACUAUGCACUGAAAGACUCUUCUGGUAACAAAAUAGGAACCUAUUCCUAUGUUCCCAUCUCUGAGGUUUUAAAGAAAUACUGUUCUCAUGAAGAUGUCUGGGAUCAAAUAC